CCCGUAACGCCGGCACCGGUUUAGCUCGCAGCGGCAAAACAUGCAGGUUUGACCGACGCCAAAAGUCGCUCUCCCUGAUCGCAACAACAUCGGUAAUCAGCUUGAUCGCGGCGUCGUUAAUAGUAGCCGCCGUCAGGGCCCUUCCUCUACAAAUAGGUUGCAAGUUCCGUAAAUGUCGAGCUUGCUUCCGGAGACCGAUAGCGAGGACGAGUUACCAGCGGGCUGGGAGGAGCGCGUCGCGAGCGACGGCUCCGUCUACUAUGCCGACCAUCUGGGCCAGCGCACGCAGUGGACGCACCCGCGAACGGGCAAACGCAAGCGUGUCUCGGCUCAGCUGCCCUUCGGUUGGGAACAAAGCGGCGACGGCGCCUUCGUGGAGAGAGCUUCGGGACGCCGAAGCCAGACCGACCCGCGGCUCGCUUUCCCCGUCGAGGAAGGCGGCCGACUGGGGCCCCGCCAGCGCUUCGACGCCAGCUCGACAGCCAUGCAGGUGUUGCACGGACGAAACCUAGAGGGCCAGACGGCUGUCGUCACUGGUGGCAGCUCGGGCAUUGGCCUCGAGACUGCGCUAACCCUGGCCUCACAUGGUUGCGAUGUGGUCAUUGCCUGUCGCUCGGCUGAUGCUGUGGCCAAGGCCAUAGCCCAGGCCAAAGCCAAGAAGCCCAGCACCAAGUUAUCCUUUCUGCCUCUAGAUUUGGCUUCCCUGCAGUCCGUGCGUGACUUUGCCACGGCCCUUGCCCAGCAGCGGCAACACCUAGACAUGCUCAUCCUCAAUGCUGGCGUGUUUGCAAUUCCACACUCCAUCACUGAAGAUGGCUUUGAACGCACCUUCCAGGUGAAUCAUCUGGGCCACUUCUACUUGACAAUGUUGCUGGAACCACUCUUAGUUGCUUCUGUGCCUGCACGUGUUGUUGUGCUGUCGUCCGAGAGCCACCGCUUCAGCUUCCUCUCGGCUGCCAACUUGUCCGAAGACCGCCUGUCAAAUCCAACGGGCCGGGGCUUCUAUUCCAUGUUGGUCUACAAUGACACCAAGCUGUGCAACAUGCUGUUUGCGGCUGAACUCGACCGACGGUGGGGUUCACGAGGCGUGCGUGCCUAUGCCGUGCAUCCAGGAAACAUGAUGUUCACUGGCCUCCCACGCGAGAGUUGGUUGUAUUGGACUCUCUUCUUGCUCGCGCGGCCAUUCACCAAGUCUAUGGCACAAGGUGCUGCGACAACUGUGCUUUGUGCCACGGCACCAGAGCUGGCCGAUGCAGGAGGCGCUUACUUCAACAACUGCUGCCAGUGCAGGCCUUCAGCUGCAGCCGAGGAUGAAGUGCUAGCCGGGCUCCUCUGGAAGACAAGCCAAGCUAUGAUCAGCCGAGCACUGCUGCAGGUUGGCGGUGGAAAUGCUGAACGUUGUUUGACAUGAGAAGAACAGGCUGGGGGGCUAGUUGAGGCUGCAUAACUUGCGGUACUAUAGCACAGCAAGGUCCGCAGUGCGACGGAGGAGACAAGUUGUGCCUUCGUCUCCUCUGCCGUCUUGCGUGCCCUGUUGCACUGUACCUCAAGUUGAGUGACGUGGUUUCACGAAAAAGAAUUUUAUUUGGUAAAACUUUCAACACUUUUGCAGCAGCUGGCUAAGCUACAAAAUAUAUUUUGAAGAAAACAAAGAAAAAGAAGCGUCACAAGGACACUAAGCCAAGAACAGACAGGUGCUCUCUCAACUGAACAACAUUCAUUUUGAUGUAAACACUGCUGUUUUUAAGGGAAUCACCCAAAACACAAUACAGUAGUAUACAUGGCACUUGCCGACAUCUAAAACUGGCAUCAGCAUAAUGAGCAGCACUCAUAAUCAAACCCGACUACACUGAAAUCAAAUCUCUCGUUGUUAACAUGUUAGCAGCACAGAAAUGCAUUGGCAGCACCAGGCCCCGCUUGUGUUCUCUCAAGGUGCAGGCAUGGCUGAAUGUAGAAGAAAGCCGAUGGUGCCGUCGUGUCCCCACUUCCUUGCAUCUCGUGGUGGGCAGAGACCACCAACUGGCAGUGCAGGCAUAACAGCUCCCGGGCCUAAAGACAGCUCAGGAACAUGUGCUCACCUUGCAACUCAGUUCUUGUUAUGUCGUCCGCUUUGUUACCAAUGUGGAAAAAACAAAACAAAUUUGGCACCUUUAAUCUACCAUUCCUGAUAUCUUUUCAGACCACUCAUUAUGCUCUUUAGGCACGUGAAAGUAUCAAUAUUGUUCUUUGUCUCUUGAAAAAAAGAUAAUUAUAUUUAAUCUUACAUAAAGCAAACAGAUUAUCCAUGCCCCAAACAGGUUACAUAGCCUGAAAAUCUACCUGCACAUUGUGCAGCAUGCAUAUAUAAGCCAGGCUUUUCUGAUUACGAAGUUAUCAUGCAUUGUUUUGGGCUGGCUGACAGAAAUAUAAAUGAUGCACUUCAAAUGCACCAUGCAGACAGGUGUUAGUGCGAUCAACAGCCUUAGUUGAAAAGUAAAUGAAAUUCUUGAAUGUAGAGCAUGUUAAAAAAAAAAUAUGAAUGCACACGUGUUGAUGAGGCAAGCGAGCUGUGUAAUUUAAAUGUGCAUCUCCACUUAAAGCGAAGCGUUCCUUGUGAACAGUGCCAGACUUUUCGGACCAUGGCUGCUGCAGCUAUCAUACCGAACAUAUUGUGGAUAUAUGGGACAUAUCCCAAUAAAUUCUGUGUAUAGACUAUGCUGAAUUUUUAAAAAUGCCUUGUGGCAGAUAGCAUAAUUCCAGUCAGUAAGCUGGAUUACUCAGGGGCGGACGUUACUUGCGUGAGAAAUUGAAAUGCAUAAUUGACGAAUUAUCACAAAUUCACUAAUUAUAAGGUUCUAACUAACUACUUCGCGGCACAUAUUGCAAUUCAUGAAUUGCACCCAGUGAGUUCAGAAGAGGUAUUCACUUGGAACAAAUUUUCAGGAUGAUGCCAGUUUCGAGAUAUUAAUUCCCAAACUGUGCGACGAAAUGCAUGGGCAUUCGAGUUACUUUUGUGCUUAAAAAAACAGUGGUUUAAAAACAGUGGUUAAAAGACCAGUGGUUAAUAAAACAGUGGUUUGAAAAAUAAGUGAAACUAUAGUGUAUUUCUACUUAAAGCUUCACGGCGCAUAACUUGAAACUUGUGCAAUCCUUAAAAUUCGUUCUAGGUGGACAUGCCUUGCAAACUCACCAGCUACAAUUCGUAAAUUGCAAUGUGUGCCCUGAAGUAAUUCAUAGGUGCAGUGGCGCCGCUGCAUCCAGGAAGCUCUGAAGCCAAUACGGUCCUGAUGAAGGAAGUCCCACUUCCAAAACCGUUGACAAAUAAAAUCUAACUAUCUGGC